GAGGAGGCCCUUCGCGCUCCGUCCUGCCGUGCUGUUUGUUCCUCCAGCCGACCCGUAGUGUUCGCUCCUCCUCGCGCCAUCAUGGAGGGCGCCGCGGCCUCCGCGGAGGGCCUGCGCUACGCCGAGUACGCCCGGGCCCCUACGGGCGCCGGCAAGGGCCAAGCCGAGCUGGACCGGGGGCUGGCCAGGACUAUGAUAGCACUUGGACUUGGCAUUGCAACUGUUGCAUUUGCAGGUCGUUACGCUUUCCAUGUUUGGAAACCAUUGGAGCAGGCAAUUACAGAAGCAGCAAAGAGGAUUUCAACUUCUAGUCUUUCAUCAUACUAUAAGGGAGGAUUUGAACAGAAAAUGAGUAGGCGAGAAGCAAGUCUUAUUUUAGGUGUAAGUCCAUCUGCUGGCAAGGACAAAAUCAGAACAGCGCAUAGGAAAAUCAUGAUUUUGAAUCAUCCUGAUAAAGGUGGAUCACCUUACUUAGCAACCAAAAUAAACGAAGCAAAAGACUUGUUGGAAUCCAGUGCCAAAAACUGAAACCUGAAGCCUUGGGUCAUAGGAGAUUCAGCAGAUACAUUGUACAAUAACUUUCAUGUCUGCUUGUUCUGCACAGUUUCUUAACAUUGAUUGUUCAUAUUUACGUGAUUAAAAUGUUAAGAUUAUUUAAAAUGUUAAGAUUAUUUAAAAGGAAACUGAAAUCUUUUACUGUUAUGUAAAGUUAUGUACAGUUAUGCCCCUGCAAGGACCAGGGAGUUAGAAUGAUGAUCCUUGUGGAUUCCUUCCAGCUCAAGAUGUUCUAUGAUUCUGUCCCAAUCAUUUAGUGUAUUCUUACUGAAUUAUAAUCCCUUACAAGCUUGAAACAGUUCUUUUAACUGUGUUUUUUUCAGAAGUACUUUUUUGUUUCUUUUGUUAAAUUUUGGAUCUUUUAAAAUAAAAAUUUUAAAACAGUC